AUGCCCUCCUCACGAUCUUCAUCACCAGACUCGGACACCGACAUUCUCGGCAUCUCCACGGCCUUGAUCCCUGAACGAACAGCCAAAGCCGCAGGCACCACUCACAUCACUUUCGACGGCCUCCUCCCCUCCACAAAUCCCCUCGUACUACAUGAAGACCUUCAGGAAGGCUGCGGCGGCCAGUUGUGGCCUGCCGGCAUGGUCUUGUCCAAAUACAUGCUGCAAUACCACAAGUCCGAUCUCGCAGGCAAGAAAAUCGUCGAGAUUGGCGCGGGCGGUGGUCUCGUAGGCCUGGCCAUCGCACUGGGAUGCCAUCUGGCCGAGGGUCAAAAGCUGUACAUCACGGAUCAGGUACCCAUGUUGGCCUUGAUGCAGAGGAAUAUUGCCCUCAAUCACCUCGAGCGGAAUGUCGAAGCGCUCGUCUACGACUGGGGUUCGCCUGCACCCAUCGAGCUUUGUGGGCGCCAACAAUCCGGUCCUGCAUGUCCCGAUGUCGUGCUGGCUGCUGAUUGUGUCUACUUCGAGCCUGCCUUUCCUCUACUGUUGCACACCCUUGGCGAUCUGAUUGGCCCUGACACGAGAUGCUACUUUUGUUUCAAGAAACGUCGGAAAGCCGACAUGAGAUUCAUCCGCGAUAUGAUGAAGAAAUUCACUGUCGACAUGAUCAAUUACGAUGGCCGUGAUGUGGAUCAGAGACAGGCGAUCUCUUUAUACCAGGUUACGUUAAAAUCGAGCAAUAAGAACAAGACGUGA